AUGCUCGUUCUGCUCAACCGCAAGCGGACGGCGUACGACCGAACGAACAGGAUUAUUGCGACGCUGAAGACAUAUGUCCUCCAAAGUUUGGAUCACGCUACCGCACACGCUCACCUACUCGCCGUUCUACUUCCUGCUCAUCCGCCGUACGUUGGUCAUGGCCAUAUCUCGCUGUUUAUCUUGCUGACCGGCUGUCGUCAUACGGUAUCCUUGUACCUCGGACCACCAGUAUACCUAUGCUCCUUCUUGUCGAUACUCAACACCCGGAACCAUCUCCGCUCGACGAUGGACGCGCAGGAUGCCGUAGCCUUUUCGAACCUCGAUGCUUCGAGCUCGGGAUCGCCAACCUCGAAACCAUCCGACUUCGUGCUGAGUGCGAAUGGGGAAAGCACCACCGGAGGCGUGCUUCGGGAAAUGCGCUCGUACCAUACUGAGGACAAGCAGCCAGCGAGCGCUUUCGAAGGGCAUACAGAUCCGUGA